GCCCCCCUCCCCCGCCUUCCUCCCUACACGGAACUCCGGAAGCAGCCAGUUCCCGCGCGAGACCCCGUCCCCCGCGUGCGCCCUCCCCGCCCCACCAUGACCACCUCAGUCAGUCCUCUUCCCGCCGCGGGAACGAGCGACACCUCCCCCCUGCUGGGCAAUGACCCGUCGGUCUCGUACGACUCGGCCGGCCUCUAUGCCCCGGAGGAGGAUCCUCACGCUCUCAAGGAGAAGCGUAUCGAGCGCAUCGCCAUCGCCAUCUCUGUGUUCGUCAUGUUCAUGGGCUCCAUCAUGUUUUCUAUCACCCUCUCCUCGAUGGUCUACUUCUUCGAUAUCCUCGAGGGUGUGCCGACCAUUGAGGCGCGCGACCCGACCCAGUCGCACUACCCCCUGGACGGGAUGGGCUUCUACGGGCUCAUCGUGGCCGCCUUCUCCCUCGGCCAGGCCAUCUCCUCGCCGCCCUUCGGCUACUGGUACAACCACCGCUCCGCUCGCGGCCCCUACAUCUUCGGCAUGUGCUUCAUCUUCUUCGGCUCGGUCCUGUACUUCCUGUGCGUCGGCAAGUGGAUGAUGUUCUUCGCUCGGCUGAUCAUCGGCAUUGGCGCCGGCACGGCCACCGUUUGCCGGACGCACGUGGCGGUCGCCACCCCGGUGGACAACCGCACCGGUGCCAUGGCCCUGGUGGCCGCCGCUCAGGCGGUCGGCUUCAUCAUUGGCCCGGCCUUCUCGCUGGCCUUCGGCGAUGUCAACCUCCGCAUGGCUCCCUACCUGUUCUUCGACAAGUAUACCGUCCCCGGGUUUGUGUCCUGCCUGCUGGCGGUCAUUUCCUUCCUGGCGGUGGUCUUCCUCUUCCGUGAGACCGAGCUCGAGCGCAUGAACAAGCUGAAUGCUCGCCUGGAGGCCGGCGAGCAGGAGAGCAUGCUGGACAAGGUCAAUGCCAAGUUCCGCACCCUGGUCAACCGUGCCACCACCACCAUGGGCCUGGGCUCGGUCAACUCCAGCGACGACUCUGCCCCGAUUGGCGGGUCUUCCCUCAAUGCCGACACCGCGGCCAAUGUCGAGGUCGAUGCCAACGAGGAGGACGAGAUUGUCUUCGACCGCACGGCCAUCUACGUCAACAUGGUCAUCUUCUUCUUCAUCACUUCCUCCUUCUCGGUGUUCGAGACCAUUGCCACUCCCUUCACGUCGGUCAACUUCGGCUGGAGCGUCGCCGACAACUCCCUCUUCCUGACCCUGGCCGGUCUGAGCUCCGUCGUGUCCUUCAUCGCGGUCAAGCCCCUGUCCGCUCGUGUUGGCGAUCGCCCGCUCCUCUUUGUCGGCCUCAUCCUGGCCGCCACCGGGCUGCUCAUCCGUGUUGGCUUCGGCUACCCGGACUGGGUCAUUUCCGAGACUCAGUAUUGGAUUUCCACCUUCUGCCUGUACACCAUCGGCUACCCGAUCUCCAAUGCCAUUUGCUUCUCGGUCUUCUCCAAGAUCAUGGGCCCGGCCCAGCAGGGCACCCUGACUGGUUGGCACAUGCUUGUCGGUGCCGUGGCUCGCCUGGUUGGUCCCCUGUGGGCCAGUGCCCUGUUCGAGGUCGACCAGCGUGCCAUGUAUGUCUUCGGUCUGACCGCUGCCAUGAACUACUUCGCUGCCGUCCUGGUUUUGGUCUUCUGGAAGCGCCUCGUGCCUUACGGCGAGAAUGAGCACAGCUCCGGUUACCGUGCCGUCCCGUAUGAGGCCAACUCCGACAGCGAUUCCGCCUCCAACGAGGACGACUCGGCGCCGCUCCUGUCCGGCUCGGCUGGCGUCGGUGUGUCCGACUUCCAGAAGCCUGUCCUCUCGACGCCUUCCAUGUCGGUCCCCUCGGCUUAUGACGAUCACAACCCGUACCUCGCCUCGAGCCACAACGACACCGCCGACGGCCUGUAAGUGUGCUCAAACAUCCUUUCUCGGGUGCGCAUGCGUGCGUGUGACUGGCCGCAUUUUGUGGCCUCGCCGCUCUUGCUUUCGUCCCUCUCUGCGCUUGAGAAAGGGGAUCUCCCCCUUCGAUGGCAUAUGCGCAUGCCGUGAAUGUGUGUCGGCUGGGGGGGGGGGGGGGGGGGG